GAGCCAGACGCCGCACGAGGAGGAGGUCGCCGCUGCUGAGUUCGAGGCGCCCACCAGCAUCUCUUUCGCCCUCCCUCAGUCCCUCGCGAGCCGUUGGUGAGGCCGAAGUGAAAUAAAGCAAGCAAACUGUGUACAUCUCCAGUCUCCCGCCCUCUCCCUCUCUCCCGCCCGCCUGUCUCGUCUCCCGCUCCCAGCAUCCUGGACUAACAGAGAACACCAGUGGACGCUCCCCCGGCUCUCCCUCCCUCUCCCUCUCCCUCCUAACUCAGUGGCCUCUAAGUGCUCGAUCCCGGUGAAAUAUUGCCUCUGUAUUGCUGCUUGUGGAAAAAAAAGGAAUACAAGAGAAGGGCUGUGUCAGGGAGAGGUGAGGGUGAGUGCGGCGUGUGUGUGUAGCUGUGUGUUGUUGUGUACGUGUGUGUGUGAGUGUGAAGGGAGAGGAGAGAGAGCACUAGAGAGGAAGGGAGAAGGAAAAGGAAGGAGAAUCAAGGAAGAAAGGAAGGAAAGAAGGAAAGCUGAUUCAAACUCGUCUUCGCAACUGCAACACAUCUGCUUCCACGACGCCGGCGCCGGGGCGCGGGGUGGUGAUGUGACUGCUGGCGCCGGCAGGAGGCGGAGACCUGACGCCGGUGCCGCAGCCGCCGACGCGCCAGCAGCAGCAGCAGCAGCAGCACGGGGCGGGCCGCCGGGCAUGGCAGCGCGCACGUGAGCGCCGAGACAAGGCGCCGCCGCACCGCCCGGGGGGACGGGCGUGCCAUGCUGAGGGCGCCCGCGCCUCCAGCGGACCGAUGCAACAUGCCGGGGCGCGCCGCACCGGCAGCAGCGGCUCCACGGGACGCCGCGGUGUGCUGAGCUCAGCCCCGCAUGACGGCGGGGGCGCGGAGCGGCAAUCCUGUCCCCGCGUCCCCGCCCGCAGACUGUCAGCGGCGGGCGUGGCGGCGGUGGUGGCGGUAGCGCUGCUGACGGUGGCGGGCGGCGCGGGCGGCGAGAACCGCAGCCCGCGCGUGGUGACCACCAAGUACGGCAAACUGCGCGGCUCCAUCCGCGCGCUGCCCGGCAAGGACCUGCACUCCGUGGAGGUGUUCCGGGGGGUGCCCUACGCCACGCCGCCCAUCGGCUCCAACCGCUUCAGCCCCACCCGCACGCCCAACCCCUGGAAGGACGAGCGCGUGGCCGACCAGUACGGCCCCGUGUGCCCCCAGCACCUGCCCGAGCUGUGGGGGCCCCGCGAGGAGGCCACCAUGCCCCGCCCGCGGCUACUGCACCUUCGCCGCCUCGCCAACUACCUGACGAACCAGGCCGAGGACUGCCUCUACCUCAACAUCUACGUGCCCUCCCUCGUGGCUGACAAGACGGGUCACGGCGCGCUGCCCGUCGUGGUGUACAUCCACGGGGAGAGCUUCGAGUGGGGGGCGUCGAACCCUUACGACGGCUCGGUGCUGGCGGCGCACGGCCACGUCAUCGUCAUCACUCUCAACUACCGCCUCGGACCCCUCGGGUUCCUCAACACCAACGCGGACCCCAGCGGGCGCGGCCACGUCAUGAACCACGGCCUCAUGGACCAGAUCGCGGCGCUGCACUGGGUCCAGGAGAACAUCGGGGCCUUCGGCGGCGACCCCGGCAGCGUGACCCUGUUGGGGCACGGCACGGGCGCAGCGUGCAUCCACUUCCUGAUGGCGUCGCGGGCGGUGGUGCCCAAGCUGUUCCACCGCGCCGUGCUCAUGUCCGGCUCGGCGCUCAGCCCCUGGGCCACCGUGGACAACCCCACGCACUACGCCGUCAAGUUCGGCCGUGCCCUCAACUGCACCGGCAACCUGACAAUGGCGGCGGACCUGGGGAGGCGCCGCGGGCCCCCGACCAAGCCCUCCAACAAAGACCUGGACGAGAUGGUCAACUGCCUGAAGGAGAAGCCGCUGGAGGAGCUGCAGGCGGUGCACAUCUCGGCGCCGCAGUUCCUGUACGCCUUCGGCCCCAGCGUGGACGGCAUCGUCAUUAAGAACGACUACCGGCGAGAGAUGAGGAAGCGCGCAGACGAGGGCAGCCGCGAGUACGACCUGCUAUUCGGAGUGGUGCCGCACGAGGCCUUCCACCUCUUCUCCGCCGAUGACAUCGACCGCGGCUUCGACCUUGAGCGGCGGGACCGUAUCUUCCGCACGAUGGUUCGCAACGCCUACGACUACCACCUGAACGAGGUCUUCAUCUCACUGGUCAACGAGUACACGGACUGGGAGCAGCCCGACCCGCAGCCCUAUGAGAUCCGCGACGCCACGCUGGCCGCCCUCAGCGACGCCCUCUACGUGGCGCCGCUGCUCACCGCCGCCAACAACCUGCGAAUGGGCCACAAGAACCAGUACUUCUACGUGUUCAACCACACCACGCCGCAGCCCAACAGGCCCUACGGCGUGAGUGGCAGCGUGCACGGCGGGGAGCUGGCCUACGUGUUCGGGGCGCCGCUGGUGGGGGAGCUUGGGGUGUUCACGGGCAACUGGACGGCACAGGACAGGGGCGUGUCGGAGGCCAUGCUCUCCUUCCUCGCCAACUUCGCCAAGGCAGGGAACCCCAACAUCCGCCACGACCAGAACUUGGUGACCAAGAGCCGCGAGGCCAACCUGGUGAGGAGCAUCACGUGGAACAAGUACGACCCCGUGCACCAGAAGUACCUGUCCGUGGAGAGCUUCUCCUCGGCGCGGCACCACUACCGGGCUCAGCCGCUGGCGCUGUGGAUGUGGCUGGUGCCGCGGCUGCAGCGCGUCGGCAGCCUGGAGUUCCUGCGGCUUCGCGACACCGAGGGGCCCGAGCUCGAGGACCCCGAGGAGGCGCUGCAGGAGCUGUCGGUGGUGCACCACUUGUUUUCCGGCUACGACGACCCGACGUUGUACUCCGGCCCCGUGCGCGCCCUGCGGCACAUGGCGGGCCACUACAUCGUCCCCUCUACCACCACCACCACCACGCCCGCCACCUCCCAGGGGCCGGGCUCCGGCAGCGCCACCCCGUCGCUGCUCUCCCUGCUUACCACCACGCGAGGGCCCCUCAGCGGGUUCAGGCGGCCCGCCCCCGAGGCGCCGGCCACGCCCACCGCCCACGCCGAGGAGACGCGCACGGAGGACGUGGGCGUGAUGCCCUACUCCACAGCGCUCUCCGUCACCAUCACCAUCGGCGUGUCGCUGCUCAUCCUCAACCUGCUCAUCUUCGCCGGCGUCUACUACCAGCGGGACCGCUCGCGCAUGCGGGACAAGGCGGAGCAGCAGAGCCAGCAGGGCAGCCUGGCGGGCAGCGAGCAGCAGAUGACCACCCUCAGCCCGCCGCCCUCCACUACCACCACCCUCGAGGUGCCCAAGAGCCUGCUGGCGGCGCCCGCCUCCCUCAUGGCGCCGCCGCCCUCGCCCUCGCCCCUCACCCACACGCAGGCCCUCACGCACCUCUCGGAGUGCCCUGAGGCCUUCGCCGACCCGCCCAUCGAGGCAGACUGCCGCUGGACGCCGGUCACCAUGGCCACCAAGCCCAACGGCAGCGCCACGCUAGUGGGCUCACACCCUCACCCGCUGCCCCAGCACCAGCCGUGCACCCAAGCGUGCACCCAGGUAUGCACACAAGCGUGCACACCGCCCCUAACGACACCGCAGUACCAACAGCAGCAGCAGCAACUCCAGCAGCACCAACAGCAGCACCAGCACCAGCACCAGCACUCCCCGCAGCAGCCGCAACAGACCACCUUGCCGCGGCCGCCGCCGCCCCCGCGGCUCAUGCCAGCCGAGUCCCAGCCGCUGCUGCCGGUGCACGUCCCGGCGCCGCCACGGGGCAAGAUCCCACCGUACGAGGAGCUGAGGCUAUGAUGGCGGCGCCCUCUGGCGACGGUGCUCUCGGCGGCCGACUACGUGCACGGCGCGCCACCCCUCGCCCCCUGCACGUCCCUGGAGCAGCACGGCCCCCACGCUCACGUCGUCGAUUACUACGGCGGCUCCUUCUAUAACGGGCUGGACGUGCCCCCCGCGGAGCCCCCCUCCACGGCGGCGACCCCCGGGGAGCACCGCGCCUCCCACGGCGGCUGCUCCACGUGGCCGCGUCAGGCCCGCGGGCCCCGCACCUGGCCAGAGGGCGACCCGGCCCGCCUCUAGCGCCCAGCAAUAAGUGCCUGAGGAAGGCCCAUCGACCCCCCCCCCCCUGUUGUGUGCACCCCCUGCCCCCCACAAUGACCCUGGCCAUGCACCCAGACCCCCCCCCCCCCCCGGUAAGUAUUUGUUACUGUCAGGCACACCCCACCCUGCGUGUGUGUGUGUGUGUGUGUGUGUGUGUAUGUGUGUGUGUGUGUGCUUGCGUGAGUGCGUGUGCGUGUGUGCAUGCGUGUGCGUGCGUGUGCGCACGCGCGCGUGUGUGUGUGUAUGUGUGUGUGUGUGUGUGUGUCCCCCCCCUCCCCCCCUCCCCCAGUCAGUCACAGUCGAGGCUCCCCUGCCCUGGCGCCGAGGCGGGGCAGCGUGGCGGUGAAGGUGACGCUGAUGAUGACGAUGACGACGAUGACGAUACUCUUAAUACUCCCUUACAAAGACAAUAACAUAAAUACUAAUAAUAAUACUAUUAAUAAUACUAAUAACAAUACAACUCUCAAAAUAUUUUAAACAAUUCGUGUAGGCGAACAAAUGAUGUGCACUUUUUUGAUGUGUGUCUGUGUGUGCGUUUCAUUAAACGAUCGUAACUUGUAAAUAUCAAAACAAUGUAUUGACAUGUUGCAGUUCAACAUUUUUCUAGUAAAAAAUGA